CCCUAACCCACUCUUCAAAUUUGAUUUUCUUAUUUUAUAAAUAAUAUAGAUGUCAUAAAAUACAUCGCAAGCAGUCUGCCUUCCAAACGGCCUUUAUCUGUUUUACACUUUUUUAUAUUCACCCACUACGCCCAGCCAAAGUUCACGUGUGACGGUACAUUCAUUUACUGUCAUCUUAAUGACUGCAACUGCCUGUGAAUGAAUGAGCGACCGUUACUUCUGUAGGGAUUCUCAUAAAACUGUGAUUUCUUAACGUGUCAUCAAGCCAUAGCUCCUUAAAAGUAGCAUAAGGUUAAAGUACACUCAACUUGAACCCAUUGUCCACACGGCCAUGUGAGGGAGAAAGACUACUUUUUCCCCCCUGUCACUUUGUCUGUAAAAUCUCGGUUUGAUCAGAGCUUAUGAAAUUCGAAUAAGAGGAUUUAUAGGGGGGAAUUUUAGGCAAGAAGAACAUCAGGAGUUAUGGAGGACAUCAACAACAGCAGCAUUGAUCCCGCCUGUUUGCAGGAACCACCUCUGGCUAUGGAUGUGAUAAAGCAGCUAGAUGCGUUGGGAAUGGGUCUGUACGCCAUGCUCACCUUCAUGUCCUGCACAUCCCUGCUUCUCUAUUUGGAGCAAUGUGUUUAUAUUUAUAAAAAACUGCCCUACCCAAAGAAGACGACCAUCAUCUGGGUCAAUGGAGCUGCACCUGUCAUCGCCACCAUGUCGUGUUUUGGCAUGUGGAUCCCCAGGGCUGUUAUGGUCACAGAUAUGACGUCAAAUUGUUAUUUUGCAGUGGUGGUGUACAAAGUGUUGGUUCUGCUCAUUGAGGAGUUGGGUGGCAGCGAUGAAUUUCUGAAGCGCUUUUCUGGGAAACCCUUCAAGAUCACCACGGGGCCGUGCUGCUGCUGCUGCCUCUGUUUACCUCGUGUGCCCAUGUCGCGGGGCAUGUUGUUCCUUCUGAAGUUGGGUGCACUGCAGUACGCCAUCCUCAAAACGGUGCUGAGCAUCCUCUCCAUAAUACUGUGGACAAACGGCAACUUUGACCUCUCAGAUCUCGAGAUCACCGGCACCGCAAUUUGGAUCAACCCGUUCAUUGGCGUUCUCACCAUCACCUCCCUGUGGCCCGUGGCCAUCGUGUUCAUGAACACCAACCACCUUUUACGCCAACUCAAUAUUGUACCAAAGUACGCCAUGUACCAACUAAUACUCGUACUAAGUCAACUGCAGACGUCCAUCAUCAACAUUCUGGCUCUGGAUGGAACCAUCGCCUGCGCCCCUCCGUUUUCUUCGCAGGCCCGUGGCUCCAUGCUAAGUCAGCAGAUGAUGAUCAUGGAGAUGUUCAUCAUCACCUUGGUUACUCGCUUUUUUUAUCGUCGCACAUAUGAAACGCUUAGCUCACCCGCGUGUGACCAGCACAAGGACGGAGCCUCCCUGCAGGCCGCCCACAUGGAGCACGACGUCUGAACGAGGGGAGCUGAAAGAUGUGCUUUAUCUGAGGUACCAUUGCUCAAAUGAAAACUACCUCAAGUGGAAGAAAACAUUAUAUGACAAUGUAUUUCUGCAGGACUGUAUUUACUAAUUUGACUAAAUUCUUUUAGGUUAGUUUCUAGUUCACAUAAAUUAACCUUUGAAUAAAUAAUAUCAUAAUCCCACUUAAAAGGAGCCAUAUCAUUUUGUUUUGGCUAUUUCAGGCCUGCUUUUUUUUUCCUUAAUAUGUACUCAUCUUUACGUAUUAACUUAUUGUUCUAUUAGUAACACUAUUAUCUUUUUAAAGACUGAAUUUUUAAUAGUGAUUUUAUCAAGGCCUUUGAUUAUAGCUAUAAUCCCUGACACAAUAUUUUUCUCAUUGUUUAAUGUCUGCGCAAUUAAGGAGUGUUUACAUGAAGAUUGUCAUAAUUGAAAGUUAUUUCAUUGCUCAAUGGAAUCAAGUAUUUAAGGGUUUUUAUGUGUGAUGUGUAUCUGCAUUAUCUACGUAGCGCUCCCACCAAAACUUUUGUUGUUUGCGAACAAAACAAAAAUGAUUUAUUUAAAGACUGCUGACCCACUUAGUACAAAGCGGAAAAUACUUGGAUGAAGUGGCAGCUUUAUCUGCUGUUCCUCUAACGGCCAAAAGAGGGCGUGUUCCACUUGGAAUACUCAAGGACCCAACAACCCCCCCCCCCCACCCUCGCCUCAUUUAUAAAAAGCAGGAAAGUUGACAUG